UCUACGUGCUGCAUCCUGACCUAUUUGGCAACUUACAUGCACCAGCAUUUUUGUUUCAAUAGAUCUGGACAUUUCUGGACCCAUGGACUCCUGCAUGCUGUACCCUGUACUUCUGACUCCGAAAUACACUUGUAAAAUCAUCGCUGGCGCGUGCAGGGGCUGCUCAUGAUCUGGAAGUUGUCAUUGAUGAGGCGGAUAAUGGUGAGCAGACGCUGGUCGUCGUAGUCGAAGCGGCUGCCGAAGAGCACUGAGCAGAUGAUGUUGGAUACCGAGCGGCUCAGCACAAAGCAGCUUCAGGAACUGCUGGUCCUCAUAGUCGAAGCGACUUCCAAAGACCACGGAACUGAUGACGUUGGAGACAGUGCGGCUCAGGAAGAAGCAGCUUCAGGAACUGCUGGUCCUCAUAGUCGAAGCGACUUCCAAAGACCACGGAACUGAUGACGUUGGAGACAGUGCGGCUCAGGAAGAAGGAAGGGCAGAGGCCAGGGCCCAGGUGGAAGGCGGCCCCUGGAUUUCGGUUGGCCCCAGAGUACCAAGAGACCAAGGAGGACGAUGAGAAGGACGGCCAAGAGCAUCACGGAUCACGCUGCGCCUGUCUCUAUCCAGAUGUCCCUCUUAAAGGCAUUGCCUUCAGCCAGGGCAAGCGCUGGAGAACUCUGAGGAGGUUUGCGCUGACGGCUCUCCGGGACCUGGGCCUGGGCAGGCGGAGCCUGGAAGAGCGUAUCCAGGAGGAAGUGGGCUGCCUGGAGGAGGAGCUGGAGAAGACGUGUGGCAUGCCCUUUGACCCCACCUUCCCAAUUCGGCGCUCCAUCUCCAACAUCAUCUGCUCCGUGGUCUUUGGCCGUCGUUUUGACUACCAAGAUGAGGACUUCAAGACCUUCCUGUGGCUGCUGGCUGAAAACCUGAAGCAGGUGGACACAUUUUGGGUGCAGAUAUACAGCCUUUUCCCAGCUCUGCUGCGGCACCUCCCUGGGCCACACAACCGGCUCUUCGAGGUCUUUGAGAAGCAGAAGGAGUUUGUGGCCCGUGUUGUGAAAGAGCAUGAGGUGUCUCUGGACCCGGCUCAGCCCCGGGACUUCAUCGAUGCCUUCCUCAUCCGAAUGCAGCAGGAGCAAGGGGAUCCCCACACAGAAUUCAACCAAGAGAAUUUGCUCAAUUCUGCUCUUGACAUCUUUUUUGCGGGGAUGGAGACAACCAGCACUACCCUGAGAUAUGGUCUCCUAAUCCUCCUAAAGUACCCUCAGAUUACAGAGCUCAUACAGCAAGAGAUUGAUCGAGUGGUGGGGCCAGAGAGACGGCCCUGCCUGGGGGACAGGCCCCGGAUGCCAUACACAGAGGCUGUGCUCCACGAGAUCCUGAGAUUUGCAGACAUCAUACCUCUGGGCGUGCCCCAUGCUGUCACCCAGGACACUCAGUUCCGAGGAUACCACAUCCCCAAGGGCACCAUGGUGUUCCCGAUGCUCCACUCUGUCCUCAAUGACUCCGACUGGUUCCAAGACCCCUCCUCCUUCCAGCCCGAGAGGUUCCUGGAUGCCAGUGGGGCUUUUCAAAAGAACCCUGCCUUUCUGCCCUUCUCUGCAGGGCGCCGAGCAUGCCCUGGAGAGUCUCUGGCACGAACUGAGCUCUUUCUCUACCUGACGUGGCUGCUGCAGCGCUACUCACCCUCCUCCCUGCUACCUCCUGCCACCCUGGACCUGCAGCCCCAGGAGAGUGGCUUUGGGAAGCAGCCACCACCCUUCCAGCUUAUCCUGCAGCCAAGACAACACCUUCAAAGUCAAGCCCCUCCCACCUGAGCGAACACUAUCUGCUCUGAACGCGCCUUCCUUCCUUCCUUCCUUCCUUCCCUCCUUCCUUCCAUUGUGUGUGUCUUCCUUCCCUAACUGCACCACAGAGAGGUCUUACAGGGUUCACAUGCAGACUCUGAGGCCAACCCUCUGUGUGGAACGUCCUUCAUUCACUGUUGUAUCCCAGCUCCUAAAACAGUGUCUGGUACACAGUAGGUGCUCAAUAAACAUGUGCUGGAUGCAUCUGGA